AUGUGCCCUUUCAACGCCCAACUCAAUUCUCGGAUCAAGAAAACCAACCAAGAUGAUUUCAAGAAGAAGCACAAUAGGAUGAAGUCUCAUAAUCAAGAGAAAAGAAGUCAGAGGAUUGAAUCUCCCGACGUUACAAUAACAUUUUCCAACCUCCAUUCAUCAGUACCCACUGACGAUUUCCGUGAACAUUUCUCCGAUUUCAAACUACGAAGUAUCACUCUUGAUAUGACUCCAGAAGGCGUUCCAAUUGGUACUGGAUCUAUUCAACUUCCAAAACAACAAGCUCUCCGUCUCAUCAUGAAAUUCUCUAAUCUCACAUUCCACGGACAAACUGUGCAUUUUAAACUGAUUGAUAAGUCAACGAUGAAUCGAAAAGUGACAUUUACGGAAAUGGAAGAGACUGAAAUGAUGGAGAAAAGGUCUCGAGAAUCCACACCGAUUAAGGCCAGUCCAUUAAGAGAGCAGAAACGACAACAGUUUGUCAGGAAGCUAGCGGCGAAGGAUUUGAGUCAGGAAGUGCUUUCGGCGACUUUGUCUAAUUUGAGUAUUUAA